AUGACUACGAAAGAUAUGGACAUGGACCCCAAAGCAGAGCACGACGAGGGCGGGUUGGCCGCAGACAUUGAGCGUCAACGCCAUCUCACCAAGACUCUGGUCCUACCGCUGCUGGCACUCCUCUUCCUAUGCUCCUUUCUCGACCGAACCAACGUCGGCAACGCAAAGAUCAUUGGCAUGGAGGAGGAUCUUGGCAUCAGCAACAGCCAAUACAACCAGGGCUUGGCCGUCUUCUAUGCGACUUACAUUGCCAGCGAACUGCCAAGCAACCUCGUCCUGAAAAAGGUCUCGCCCAGGAUCUGGCUCCCGUUCCUGACCUGCGCGUGGGGCAUCGUCACCAUGUGCCUCGGCUUCGUCCGCAGCUACGGCAGCUUCGUCGCCGUCCGCGCCAUCCUCGGCAUGACCGAGGGCGGCCUGCUGCCGGGCAUGGUGCUGUACCUCUCCGGGCUCUACACCCGCGGCGAGCUGGCCCUGCGCAUCGGCAUCUUCUACACGGCCGCCUCCCUCUCCGGCGCGUUCGGCGGCCUUCUCGCGAGGGGGCUGUCGGCCAUUGGAUCCAAGGGGGGCCUCGAAGGCUGGAGGUACAUAUUCAUUAUCGAGGGGCUUCUUACUGUUGUGUGCGGCAUAAUUGCUGCCAUCGGCCUGCCUAACAACCUGGCGACCGCCAAGAUGUUGACCCCCGAGGAGCGCGAGUGGGCGCUGCUCAGGCUUCAAGGACACGCUGAUGACCGAUUCAAUCCGUCCAGUGAGAGAGAGGAGAAGUUCCGUUGGUCCGAGGUUGGGCGCGGCGUGUUCAACGUCCAAGUCUGGCUCAGUGCGACGGCCUACUUUGCGAUCCUGUCCGGCCUGUACUCUUUCGGGCUUUUCCUCCCCACCAUCAUCAACGACCUGCACAUUGCGUCCAACCCUGACGAGGUCCAACUAUGGUCCGUUAUCCCAUAUGCCGUCGCAACGCCUGUUACAGUCCUCGUGGCCUUCUUGUCGGAUCGCCUGCGCCUCCGCGGUCUCCUCAUGCUCAUCGUCCUCCCCAUCUCCAUUGCCGGAUACGCAGUCAUUGCCAAUGCCACGGCGCCGCAGACGAGGUUCGCCAUGACUUGCCUGAUGGCCAUCGGCAUGUACAGCGCCGUUCCGUGCGUCUUGGUCUGGAACUCCAACAACUCGGCGGGCCAUUACAAGCGUGCGACAACGUCUGCGCUGCAACUGGCCAUCGCCAACUGUGGAGGGUUCGUUGCGACCUUCAUCUACCCCAGCUAUGAAGGCCCGUUCUAUCACAAGGGCCACACCAUCAUUUUGGGCUUGCUGUGUUAUGCCUGGGUUGCAACCCUUUUGAAUGUUCUCUGGUGUGCUAAGAUUAACCGUGACAAGGCGGCAGGGAAGUAUGAUGAGUACGUCGGCACUGGCGAUGACCGGGAGCCCGGCUUCAAGAUGGUUUUGUAA